AUGCGGGUCCUCCUCGUCGCCAUCGUGCUCACGGGCGCGGCGGGCACCGAUUGCGUCGACUUCCCGUGCAAGUGCGAGUGCGGCAACCUCGCGGAAGGGAACCGCGACGACGGCGUCUGCAUCCGCCUGAACUUAGUCCGGCCCGAGAAGGGGAUCCGCCCCAACAUCGACAAGGCGACGUGUGAGGGGGAAUAUAGAGUCGGCCAAAAUGCUCCCUUCUACUUCUGCUGCGUCGACAGCUGUGCGGAAAUCAAAUUUACGGCGUGUUCGUCCUGAAUAGCCGCGUCGAUCUCCACGCCAUCGACGCGACGUCUGUUCGAUGGCGUGGCGGUGUUGGUUCCUCACCGCUCGACGGAACCAGCGCGGCCACGUCAUCGCCGAGAAAUGACUUAGUGAAGAAUUAUUGAGUGCGCCCGACACGCUGGUUGAUUUCCACACAGGUCGACAGCCAGGACCGCCCCGUGACCCCGCCGCCCGAAUUUGUACCGUUAAAAAUGAAGGCCUGGUUCGCGAUGACGGACAAGUACGGCUGCGACCCGUGCGAGCAGGCCAAGUUCCCGGGUUACAGGCCGAGUAAGCCGAACAAGUUCAAGCAGUGCCUCUACUACAAGAAAAAAAGGAAUGGCGUAGUCACUGUGAAGUUCAAGAACAACGUAGACAAGGCUGCGUGCGAGGCCCUCGCCGACGGCGACGAAAAAGUGGAGACGUAUUUCUGCGAAGAAGGAGGCGGGCCGCCGAAGGACGGGGUAUGCACGCCGACGCCGGUGCCGACGGCCGCGAAGACGUACUCGUACAACUUCGAGACCAUGCAGCCGACGCUGAGCCCGACGCCGCAGGCCACUCCCCCCUGA